AUAAAAGCAUUCUGGCUCCCCAGUUCCCAGUUCCUUGUUUGCCUGUUGCCUGAGGAGGUCUCAGCCUCAUGUCUAGCAUGAUGAAGUCUUUGCUCAGGCUAGGAGGAUCAUUGCUGCUACUUCUUUCCUUCAUGUGGAUUUGCUCUGGGCAAGAACAAGCAGUGUCAGUGCAAUGCACCCGUUUUAAUUUCCAGGCUGUUGUUAAAAGGCGACUGCUUCGUGCAAAUGAAUUUGUAGAGCCUGAGGAACUAUCUCUAGGGAAAGACUGUCCAGCUACUCUUGUGCUACCAGAAGAAAUUCAUUUCAGUUAUCCUGUCAGCCUCUGUGGAAUUAGCAUGCUGAUGUACAUGUAUACGCUUACCUUCUAUUCCUGGCUGAAUUAUAAACCGAGGAAUGGAUUAAAUCCUACUGUAAUUCCACUGGAGUGUUCACUUUCCAGUGACCCUACUUCCCCAGAAGGCCCUAAAGUUCAUACUCCCCUCGUCCGUAAGACUGAACAACAAGAGCCAAUCGUUGCAAAACAAAUUUACUGCCAUAAAUGUCAUGAAUUUCACCUUGAACUUAACAUGUCAAACUUUCCUUAUAGGCUUGAGAAUCAAGAACAUGUUAGCCUGGCUGGCUUUCAUCAGACAUUUAGAAGCUUCUCACCUGGACAUGAAGUAGCAACAAAAGUCAGCUAGUUUAAUCACAUUAUGUGGUCUCUUACUUUUAUAUCCUGGUCUGUUUUUAACUCAUUUUAAUCUAUUGUAAUCCCCUUUAUGAUGCCUUUGAGAAGAGGCUGUUUGUAUUUUUAAGUAAAACGUGGCAUAUUUUAUUGCA